GUUGGGUGUGAGAUGAGGAAGAAGUGCACUGAGCUCUGCCAGCGACUCACUUUGUUACUGUAACAGACACGGCCGGUGCAGAGUUGGAAUAUUUAAAUGGUGAUCAAUUUGAGAAGGUGUCACGAUUAUGUGAUGUGCUGAAGACGAAAGAUGGAAGUGGAGGAGUCUGGUGAAGCGAGGACUUCCUGGUUGGGGGCACCAGGAGAAAAACACGUUGUCCCCUGUGACCAUGCUGGGAAAAAGAGAAAACAAAACCCGAACCCUGAACCUGUCGUCAGAAUCGUAGAAGAUGAAGAGGAGGACGAGGAGGAGGGUGAAAUGAUGCUUGAUCACAUGAAAGAUUCAGAGGAGCCCAGUAAUAAACGGGUGAAACCUGUGGCAAAGUCCAACAGCCUGACAGGUGUCAUCACCCCCGUGAAGACUCCUGCUCUGAAGCGCAUUGGCCAGUCCAUCUCGCGCUCCAUCAGUUUUCGCACGGAGGCUCGACCUUUGCCCCCGGCGCCCAUCCGGCCUCGCUCCAAGGCCUCGUCCUUUCCGCGCCGGCGCAACAGCCAGUGCUGGAGCGACACGGUGGAAAGUCAUGACCUCACUGCAAAGGAAAUCAAGCGUCAAGAGGUGAUCUAUGAGCUGACCCAGGGAGAGAGGCAACUUAUCGAGGACCUCAGUCUGGUUAAGAAGGUUUACUAUGAGCCCAUGCUGAAGCUGGACAUCAUGACGGAGAGUGAGCUCGGGCAGAUAUUCGGCACGCUGGACUCCCUUAUUCCGCUCCAUGAAGAUCUUUUGGAGCGCCUCGAGAGGCUGAGAGGAUCAGAGAAGACAGUUGGAGAAGUGGCUCCUACUCUGGUGAGCUGGUUCCCCUGCCUGGACGCCUAUAUUACAUACUGCUGCAAUCAGGUGGGGGCCAAAGCCCUCCUGGAUCAGAAGAAACAGGAGAAACGAGUGGAGCACUUCCUGCGACUGUGUCAGGAGUCGUCGUUCAGCAGGAAACUGGACCUGUGGAACUUCCUGGAUCUCCCUCGAAGCCGUUUGGUCAAAUACCCGCUGUUGCUGAAAGAGAUCCAGAAAUGCACACCACAAGAUCACCCCGAUGAGGACACCUUACCCGACGCUCUGGAGCUGAUUCAGGGCAUCGUGGCCGAGGUGAACAACAAAACGGGGGAGGCUGAGUGUCAGUUCUACAGACGGGGCCUCGUCUACCUGGAAGAGAGCCAGAGACUCCCCGAGAUCCAGCAGUCCCGCUUCCUCUACUGCCACGGGGAGCUGAAGAGCAACAGGGGUCAGCGGCUGCACGUGUUCCUCUUCGAGCUGGCUCUGGUGCUGACCCGGCCGGAGGACAACAGGGACGGGUUCCAGAUGUUCCAGGUGUACAGGCAGCCCCUGCCCAACGCCUCCAUCAAUCUGGAGGAGAUCCCAGAUGGGGAGGCUGCUGGAGGGGGCACCUUCAGGGGAGCGUUCACCGGGGGAAACGAUAAAGUGAAGAACUGCUUCCGUGUGAGCAGCAGAGGGCGCUCCAAGGCCCACUCGCACAGCCUGCAGGCCAACGACUCCUUCAGCAGGCAGCAGUGGAUCACCUGCCUGCGUCAGGCCAUAGUCCAGUCGCGGGACCGGACGGCUCAGACCAGCCAGUCGCAGUUCUCCCCUCACUCGGACCCGGCCCUGUACCACAUCGCUGAGCUCAGCCUCAGCUCCGACACAGAGACGGCGGAUCACACCAGUCGCUAAGCGCCGGGACCCCGUGGACUCUAUAGUUAUGUACGUUGUAUGAGGUGAAUAAAUGGGACUGUUGGUGAACGAUGAAUGUGUUUGGACACAUGCACACAGAGAAAUUCAAGGAUGGAUUCUGUUCUUUUUUUACUCUUUCUAAUGGAUUGUGUGACUGGAUUUUAGUUCAAGUGUUCUUGAAUGUGCCACAAGCUUGUGAAAUGUUGUUGUUUUCUUAAUAAACUGACACAAAGUUUA